GAUGAGCCCGUCAGCGAGGCACAGCUCGAACGUGUUUCAUCCUUUUUAUAACAACGCGUCGCCAACGCGGGCCACAUCGCGCCCGUCGACAGGCCCACACGCGUCGCCCCGAUAUUUCCUCCCUCCCUUCGCCUCACCCUCGCCGCCGUCCACCCUUGACUUCUCUUCUCCCCGUCUAUAUAACCAGAGCCCGGCUGGAUACGUGUGUCAUCCACCACCCCUUCCCAUCCUGCUCUGCUCUGCUCUGCUCAGAUCAGCUCUGCUGCCUCCCCUCCAUCCACCGAGUGAAAAAAGCUCUCCGUCCGCCGAAGGAUCGACCAUGGCGGGCACGGCCAACUGCAUCGACAUCAUCCUCGCCAUCAUCCUCCCGCCCCUCGGCGUCUUCCUCAAGUUCGGAUGCGGGCACGAGUUCUGGAUCUGCCUCCUGCUCACCUUCCUCGGCUACAUCCCGGGCAUCAUCUACGCCAUCUACGCCAUCACCAAGUAGAGCCGAGCCGUCCCGAGUAUGCUCCGCGGCACAGUAUUUUCAGGAUGAUGAUCUCGUCUGUCUAGUCGUCCCUCCUUGCUUGUGUGGGUUCUUUUAAUUCUUUUCCGUGUAUGCUGAUGAAGUGAUGAUGCAAAUUCCUCUGUGGUUUCCAUGGACCAUGUGAAGAAGCAGCAGCUUCUUUAUGUAUUAUAUAUUUAUAUAAAUGUAUGAGAGCACUCUUUGGUAAA